GUUCCGCACAUGUGACGGACUGCAAUGGAAGCCCACACAGUCGCGUCUGGACCGUAAGUCACUGACUGGAUCCAUCGUUUUUCACAUUAGAUUUGUCCCCCUCGAUCGGAGACAUAUGAGGUAUUUACGACAACUUGGGCGCUUGUUUGCCCGCCGUCAUGUGCGCUCAUGCCAUCACAGUGUUUACAGCAGCCAUCAAAACCCACGAAGUGUGGGAGUAGACCUUGGAGAGAAGAAACUGGAGAUCUCCUCUGGGAGGUUCGCCCGAUUUGCGGAUGGAUCAGCUGUUGUUCAGCUCGGGGAGACGUCUGUAAUGGUGACAGCUGUAAGCAAAAGCAAACCCUCACCUUCACAGUUUAUGCCGCUUGUGGUGGAUUACCGACAGAAAGCUGCCGCUGCAGGACGAAUCCCGACUAACUAUUUGAGGCGAGAACUUGGUACUACUGACAAUGAGAUUCUCACCAGCAGAUUAGUCGACAGAUCCAUCAGACCUCUCUUCCCUCCUGGUUACUUCUACGACACCCAGGUUGUGUGUAAUUUGCUUGCUGUCGAUGGUGUCAACAAUCCGGAUGUUCUGGCGAUCAAUGCAGCAUCUGCUGCUCUGGCUCUCUCUGACAUCCCAUGGAAUGGCCCCAUUGGUGCUGUUCGUGUUGGCUUGGUGGAUGGAGAGUUGCUCAUCAAUCCCACCAGGGCGGAGAUGAUGUCCAGCACACUCAACCUGAUCAUCGCUGGGGCACCCAGCAGCCAAGUGGUGAUGAUCGAAGCUUCGGCUGAGAAUGUUCUGCAGCAGGACUUUUCUCACGCGGUCAAAGUAGGAGUGAAACACACGCAGCAGAUCAUAUUUGGCAUCCAGCAGCUGGUCCGGGAGCACAAAAUCACCAAGCGCACGCCGGUCAAAGUGUUCACGACUCCAGCUGAGAUGGUGGAUCAUGUCCGACAAUGUGCCUCAGAGCGGAUUUAUGCGGUUUUCACAGACUACUCUCAUGACAAGGUGUCGCGAGAUGAUGCCAUCAACAAAAUUCGACUAGAGACAGAAGAGUCCCUUCGAGAAAGAUUUCCUCAAGCUGAACCCUUUGAAAUCGUUGAGUCCUUCAACACUGUCAGCAAAGAAAUCUUCCGCAAUCUAGUCCUCAAUGAAUACAGGAGGUGUGAUGGAAGGGAACUGACAGCUCUGAGGAACAUUUCUUGCGAGGUGGACCUUUUCAAGCCGCUUCAUGGCUCCGCCCUGUUCCAGAGAGGACAGACUCAAGUUCUCUGCAGCGUCACCUUUGAUUCGCUGGAGUCGAGCAUCAAAGCUGACAUCAUCACCACGGCUCUGAGCGGCAUCAAAGACAAGAACUUCAUGCUGCAUUAUGAAUUUCCGCCGUAUGCAACCAAUGAAACUGGGAAGCUGGGAGGUCUGAACCGACGAGAACUGGGACAUGGAGCUCUAGCUGAGAAGGCCUUGAGGCCAGUCAUUCCUAAAGACUUUCCAUUCACGAUUCGAGUCACGUCUGAGGUGUUGGAGUCAAAUGGAUCGUCCUCCAUGGCAUCAGCCUGUGGGGGCAGCCUUGCACUGAUGGACGCAGGUGUCCCGAUCUCGUCUGCUGUCGCAGGAGUAGCCAUCGGCCUCAUCUCUAAAUCCAAUCCAGAAAAGCCUUCUGAGAUCCAAGACUACAGGUUACUCACCGACAUCCUGGGGAUUGAGGAUUAUCUGGGAGACAUGGACUUCAAGCUGGCAGGAACAAACAAAGGCAUCACUGCGUUACAGGCUGACGUGAAGAUCCCAGGUUUACCUCUGAAGGUUGUCAUGGAGGCGAUCCAACAGGCCACAGUGGCCAAGAGAGAGAUUUUAGGCAUCAUGAACAAAUGCAUCGCAGCACCGAGAGCCGCGAGAAAAGACAAUGGACCAGUUGUAGAAAACGUCAGAGUGCCUGUUUCGAGACGCGCCCGCUUUGUCGGCCCUGGAGGAUACAACCUUCGCAGGCUGCAAGCGCAAACGGGCGUGACCAUAAGUCAGGUGGAUGAAGAGACGUUCUCUGUGUUUGCACCGACCCCCAUAGCCAUGAAUGAAGCUCAAGACUUCAUCACUGAGAUCUGCAAAGACGAUCAAGAGCAACAGCUGGAGUUUGGUGCUAUAUAUACGGCCACCAUCACUGAAAUUAGAGAAAUAGGAGUCAUGGUGAAACUGUAUCCCAACAUGAGUGCUGUGCUGCUACACAACUCUCAACUGGACCACAAGAGGAUCAAACACCCGAGCGCUCUGGGUUUUGAAGUGGGUCAACAGAUUCAAGUCAAAUACUUUGGACGCGACCCGACGGAUGGGCGGAUGAGACUGUCACGUAAAGUUCUCCAGUCUCCAGCUGCGACUGUUAUCAAGACGCUGAGUGAGAAGCAAAGUAUCUCCAUGGGAUCAAGUCAAACAACCAACUCCAGUUCAUGACAAAAAUGAGGACUUGUGAAGCUCUUAAAAACAGCAUCAUGUGAAAGGAUCAUGUUGAAUGCGGGUUUUGAAUGAAAACUAGGAGUGUACUUUUGCUAUUUUUAAUAUUCUUAUGUCAUGUCUUUAUGCUGCGUCAAUGUAGACAAUAAAUGAACUAAUUUUAUGUUUAUUUGUAUUGAUUAUGUGUCACAUAUGGUUCUUUAUAAAGUACGAAGGCCUUUGUUCAGUUGUUCUUGGGCGUCUUUCAUGUGGCAAAUCUUUUUCAAAACCAAAAACGGAUGCUCAGCCUGGAUCUGGAACCUCUACUGGAACAUGGGUGCAGAAGUAAUGUUUUCAAUGACGUUGGUUUGUCUGUAAACAAAAUAACUUGAAAAGAUAUGAAUAAAAUAUGAGGA